UGUGGAUCUGGCCUGGUGCAGCUCACAGAAGGGGAGUCUGGAGGCAUGGCCAUCUGCCAGACGUCACAUCAGCCUCUACCUCGCCUUCCCUGUGCCAGCCCAGCCAGUGGGCGCUGGUAUAUUAAGGACCCUCACACCCCUAAAAGCCCAAGCCCAUCAUCUGUCUUGUACCCAGCAGCCCAAAUUAGUGUGGCUCUUGAGCAGAGGGCCGCUGUGAGCCAGAGCAGGGCUGUUUACACUGUGUUCUGGUUGACUGGUCCAGGCCUCAGCUCGAGCCCCUGGCAAUCCCACCAUGCCCCUCUGGGCAGCCAGCUCUCCCAUUCACAGUGUGAGCCUCCACCCCUCACUUCCUUGGGCACUCAUUCUUCCUCCAGUUAGCAGAGGUGUCCCGCCUGCCUCAUCAGAGGAAAGAGCCCAACUGCAAGCACACCUGCCCUGUCCUUACCUAUUCCCCUCCCCAACCUCCAGUCCAGGCAGAGCUGCCCUCCUGGACUCUGGGUCCUGUCCUCUCCCACUGCUGUGGUAAGAGCCUGCUAUCUGAUGAUCCCUCUCAGGGGAACAGCCUCUGCUUCUCAACAUGGUCCUCCAGUGUUAAAUGAACAUGUUAUAGGCUCCAUAUAAGGGACCCUCCAUCAACUCAUUAACUCCCUCUAGGUCUCUCCCUGUCUUCACAACCAAACUUCCCCAAAGGGUAUCUACCUCUGCCCCCUGCGUUUCCUCUCCUCCCGCUGUGCUUGGCAGCUUUCCAGGAGGGCUGCACUCAGACCACCAGUGAUGUCCGGUCUACAUCAGAGGCAUGUUCCUUGACCUGCCACACUUGGCCAGUGACAUUCUGCCCCCCAUCCCCACCCCGGGUGCAUUCUCCUACUUCUCUCUAUCAUAUUCAUGCUCCUCCUGCCAUGAGAGGGUAGGUUUCUCAGGACUCAGUCACAGGCCUCUUCACCCCCCACUCUUAGGGGUGACCUUAUUCUCACCCAGGCUUGCUUCCAGCCCAGCUUUCUCCUGAGCCCAAAGGUGUUGGAUGUGUGCCAGCUGUCCACCUGACAUCUCCAUCAGAUGUCACAGACCUUGGCUUUCCUCUUACACCCCACAUCCACCAGACCCAAAUUCUAUCAAUUCUUGCCAUUUCUUCCCCCGCCCCAGUCACCUUCCUGAUGCAAAGCCAGCAUCCUCUGCCCUAAAUCACCAAAAGUGUCCUCACUUCUCUCCCCACUCCCCGACAAUGGCCCCCUCAAAUCCAGCUGCAUGACAACCAGUGACCUUUGGAAAACAUUUGAGUUUCUUUUUUACUUUUCCUGAGCAUCUUUCUCACACAUUGCUUCUCUGGGUUCCCAUCCCUCUCCUCCCAUGGCUGACAAGAGCCUCCGUGCUCCCUUCUGAACUCUCCUCCAGCCAUACUGGCCUUCCAUUUCCUGGGAGUCACUGAGGUUCUGUGUACAUCCUACUUGCACUGGUUCAGCAUAUACCAGUUUCUCAAACACCAGUUUGUGCCAGGUUACUGAGCCAGGAAAGGAGCCUGCCCUCCUCGUGCUCUGUGGGUGGGGGAAAGGGGGAUGUAAUAAAUAAAUGAACAAGACAGUCUCUGACAGUGUUAAGCAUGAUGAAGAAAAUAAAAGUGAUGUGAUCAUAACUGAGGGGAGGGGACACUCAGAGUAGGGCAAGGUGAUAAGGAAUAAAGCAAAUCGGGUGUGGGGGGGCGGGGGCGGGGGGCUACUUCAGGCAGAAGGAACAGCACCUGCAAAAGCCUGGAGGUUUGAAAGAGGGUCCAGAGUCCCUGUGGAGGGUGCAGGGAGAGUGAGUUGAGAGGAGUCUUAAGAGUAGGCAGACAGGCCUGGGGCCGUACUGGGAGGUUUGGACUGUUUCAGUGCCUUGGGAAGCCACUGGAGGCUUUGAGCACGACAGUGACAUCAUCCGAUUUAUGCUUUUAAAAGCUCACGCAGGCAGCUGUGUUCCUCUCACCCUAAAAGCUGCCCUCCCCAAUGCCCCCGCCCCCCGCCCCACCACACACCCCGCCUACACUGCUCCUGGCCCAUAGUGAGUGUUCAAAAAAGUGUUGAUACAUGCCCCUGACUUCCUGUGUGACCUGGAGGUAGUCACUUUUCUCACUGGACCUCAGUUUCCUUACUCGAAAUACGAUCUGUGGGAUUUUCAUGCCAGAGUGGGUGGGCGGGACUGGAUUUAGGUUAUCGGCCUCCCGAACUCCAGGAAAUCUGAGUCUCCCACACAUAAGGGAAUGGGGGCUGGGGGUCUUCAUGCCGCAGAGACCCUAACCAACGCGCGGCGGCCCCGCCCCUCCUGGACCGCUGUCCGAAGGAUGCUGCAGCCCCGGAGGCGGGACCCGCAGGCGAUCCCCGGGGCCCCCUUUCGGAUUGGGUGCAGCCGUGACCGGCACCGCUCGAUUGGUCGAUCCAGAAGCAGGGGCGGGGCCCGGCUCAUGCUGCGGGGCUACCCAGCAGCUGGGGACGCGGCCGGAGCCCGGGAAGCUGCUGCGGGGGCGAUGGCCGCGCCGAGCCUGGGGCCCCGCGAGAUCCUGGCCCCCUCUCCAGAGGAUGGACGCAGAGCAGCUGCUUCAAGCUCUGGCCACCGUGGCCUCCUCUGGCGUCUGCGGGACAAGCAGUGUCGCCUGGGACUGUUUGAGAUCGGCCCGGGGCACGAGCUGCACCAGGUGAUGUGCCUGAUGCAGGCGGGGCUGUGGGCUGCCACUCAAGUGUCCAUGGACCACCCGCCCACGGGGCUGCCCACGGAGGAGGAUUUUUCCGAAGUCCUGACCCAGGUUCAUGAGGGCUUCGAGCUGGGCACCUUGGCUGGCCCCGCCUUCGCCCGACUGAGGCGCUCCCUGGGGCUGGCCGAGGAGGACUACCAGGCCGCGCUGGGUCCCGGCCGCCCCUACCUGCAGUUCCUCAGCACCUCCAAGAGCAAAGCCAGCUUCUUUCUGUCCCACGACCAACGCUUCUUCCUGAAGACCCUGCGGAGCCGGGAAGUGCAGGCGCUGCUCGCCCACCUGCCCCGCUACGUGCAUCACCUGCAGCGACACCCACACUCACUGCUCGCACGGGUGCUGGGAGUGCACAGUCUGCGGGUGGCUCGGGGAAAGAAGAAAUACUUCAUCGUCAUGCAGAGCGUCUUCUAUCCCGCUGGCCGCAUCUCUGAGAGGUAUGACAUCAAGGGCUGCGAGGUGAGCCGUUGGGUGGAGCCCGCCCCUGAGGGCAGCGUCCUUGUUCUGGUGCUGAAAGACCUCAACUUUCAGGGCAAGACCAUCAAUCUGGGGCCCCAGAGGAGCUGGUUCCUCCGCCAGAUGGAAUUGGACACCGCCUUCCUCCGGGAGCUCAACGUACUGGAUUACAGCCUCCUGAUGGCCUUCCAGCGUCUUCAUGAGGAUGAGAGGGGCCCAGGCAGUAGCCUUAUCUUCCGCACAGCUAGGUCUAUACGAGGGGCGCAGAGCGCCGAGGAGUCGGGAGCCCAGAACCGGCGGCUGCUGCCCGACGCCCCCAACGCCCUACACAUCGUGGACGGGCCGGAGCAUCGUUAUUUCCUAGGCCUGGUGGACCUCACCACGGUCUACGGGCUCCGCAAGCGGCUGGAGCAACUGUGGAAGACGCUGCGCUACCCAGGCCGGACCUUCUCAACCGUCAGCCCGGCUUGCUACGCCCGUCGCCUCUGCCAGUGGGUGGAGGCGCACACCGAGUGACCGGCGCCCAGCCGCUCUCUCCCCGUCUGGACAAAUGGGACCACGCCGGGAACGCGGGUUCCAGCCUGGCCCCGGGCAGCGGGUCGGGCUCCCCUCGCCUGCCAUUCCUCCGGUUGGCCUCCAGAGGGCGGCAUCCCCUAACUAAUAUUAUGAACUCAUUUUGCUGGGGAAUGCUGUGCCUGAUAAGUGCCAGGGACUCCCCUAACGUGAGAUUAUUAAUCCUCAAAAAAAAAAAAAAAAAAAAAAAAAGCUAUUAUUCUUUUUUACAGACCAUGAAAUGAAGGCUCAGGGGGUGAAGGGACUGAGCAAAAUCAUUCAGCAAUAAAUGCGAGAACCAGGACUCAACUAUGCCUUUUGAACUCAGGAGCUGUAUUCCUAUUGAUCAGCUCCCACAGUCCUGUCCUCACUGGGGAAGUGGGUGGCUGAAACCUCCAAGUCCAGCCUCUUCGUCGUCCAGAUGGGGAAACUGAGGCCCAAAGACUUUAAGAGACUCAUGCACGGGUAAGUGGCAAGGCCAGCCCAGGAACCCAGGCCUCCCGAUACCCGCUCCGCCCCCAACCCAGGCUCAAGCAGGACCCACUGGCCUCCCUCUGGGGUGGGCCCCCUAUAUUCUGCACAGGUGGGAAGAAGUGGGGCAUUGGGGGGGGUGCUUCAGCUCUAGGUAACAUUAGACUGGGGUCCAUUAUUGAUCUUGAGUAAGUUCUGCCCUCCUCUGGGAGUCACUUUAAUCACCUGUGAAAUGGGAGCAGAGGUUGGUGGUCAGUCUGAGGGACCUGGAUGCACAAACAUCACCGGAGCAGAGAAGGAAAUUGCCUGCAUAGCCCCUGAUCAUUCCUUCUCCCUCCUCCAGGAAACUUCAGCCCUACCUCUGACCCCAGUCCAAUUCGACCAUGCCCAAGGGAGCCCUUCCUCUAGAGCUUCUCUGUGGCCUGGCUGUGUGACCAGGAAAAGGUGCUAAACCUCUCUGUGCCUCAGUGGUCUAAUUUUGCAAAUGGAAAUAUUUAACUCAUUAAAUAUUUAUUGAGCACCUGCUACGUGACAGGCCCUCUGCCGGGGGAAUGGGGACCUCGGGUGGAGCGAAAUGCAGAAUUCUUCCUCUGAAGAACUCACAGUGUGUGUGGGAGGAACAGUGACAAAAGCCAUGUGUCUGACAAAGCC